CAAAAUACCGUUAGUUGCAGGAAUGCCAGUGUUCGUCCUAAGACGAAGACUGCGUUCUAGCUUUCAGCUGUGUAUCCUAGUGCCUGCUGUCUUGCUUAAUGAAGUGAAUUAUCAUCAUGACUGCUCUUUAUAGUAUAAUUUAGGAUGUUAUGGAUAGGGUCAUGCUGUCUUAACCUGUUACUUUGGCUUGGUGUUUUUCCUAAACAGCCCCUCACUUUUUUUUUUUUUUUUUUUUCUAAUUGAAGCGUCCUCUUUCGAGUCAGCCUUCCAAUCUGAAUUCACAUAUUAUUGUGAAUUUUCUUCCUUGUCACUCUCUUUGCCCAGCUAUAACAGGUAUUGUGCUAAUUUCUCCUACAUUAAUGUUACCAUCAUAAGUUCAAUUCAGCUAUUUCAGCAAAGUGGAAUUGCAGGACUCUUAAGGACAGUCUUAAUAAGCCGAAUUCUUAAAUAAGAAUUCUUAAUUAGGAAUUCUGGUUUGUUACCUAAAUGAGAAAGUAGAGAAAAGGCCACAACAACAGUUCUCGCUUUUCUGUUGAACACAUUAGUCUUGGAACACACUUGAAAACCAACCUACAUUUUUAGUAUGCUUGUGAAUUCUUUCUUUCAAUCAGUAGCUUUAAUAUUGAGUUGAGACUUGUCUUAAUGCAUUUGCCUGACAUAUGGCUUCCUCACAUCACUGGGUGGGUCCAAGGAGGUAUGAACUUUCUGUAAUUUUCCUCCUGCCAGGUGAGCGCUACCUCCCCUCCCUCUUUGGAGGGUGCCCUGCCAAGCUUUGUACUCCAGGGGCUCGGUCUCUGAAACGGUGCAAGGAGAAGGACUAAUCGCUCAGUAGUGUGUCACUAAUAUAUGGCAGUCAGUCUGGCAGUGCCCAAAGGGAUUGCUGUGCCUGGCCCACUGCGUGUGUGUGUGCCAAGGCAUGUGUUUAAGGUCUUUGCCUCCUUGUGCAACUAACUCCGUGACCUGGGGUUAAACUGUGAGCCUGGUGAGAGUGGGUGUGGUAGAGGUUGUUCCAGAAUCAGUAAAUGAAACUCAUUUGCUGUGUAAGAGCAGGAAGUGCUGGGUUAAGGGGGGUGAAUCCAUUUGUGUUUGUGCGCAGCGCUGUGCGGAGCUGUGGGUCUUCACGGACCGGCAUGGGAGCUUCCAAGCUGGCGGUGGGACUUUGGAUGAUGGCUUUGCGUGGCAAAAUGCCAUCUGUGGCAGCAGAGUUGUAGAAGUAGUUGUGCUGAAAUUGCUGUGAGCUUUUGUGCCAAAGAGCUUGUGUAUAGCAGCUUGUUGAACUGUGCCCAUGAAAGCAUCUGUAUGCAGGCGGUGCUGUGCCUAGGUCUGUGUAUUUGUCCAUGCCUAGGUAAAUACCCUCCUGUGUAUGUGUCUGCAGACAGGCCCGGGGGGUGUAGGUGAAGAUGCUGGAGGCCGACCUUGUUGCAAAAAUGUUGCGAGCUGUUCUUCACUCCCAUAAAAAUGGGGUACCCUUGGCACAGCUUCAGGGCGAAUACAAGUCAUUGACGGGCGACUGGAUUCCCUUCCGGCACCUAGGACAUGGCACGCUGGAAAGCUACUUGGAGAGCAUCCCGGGAGUGGUGCGGAUGGAAGAGAACAAAGUGGGAGAGGUCACGUGCCAUGCUGUUGCUUGCACCGAGACAGUGCGAAUUGCUCAACUGGUAGCCCGUCAGAGGAGCUCCAAAAGGAAGGUGGGACGGCAAGUGAAUUGCCAGAUGAGACUGAAGAACACAGCUCCCGUCACCUUAGUAGGGAAGCCAAAAGGAACUUUGCGACAGCCCAGGUUAAUGAGCAGCCCAGAAGAAGGCAGCAAGAGGCCUGUCCCUCGCCUGCAAAGAGGCCGAGGUCUGGCGUGUGGAGUGGUGAAACCCACUGUAGAGAGUGGCCUGCCUGCCUUGCCCCCAGCCGCUGGAAGUGGACCAUCUAAGGAAGUCCCCAUGCAGAGGCAUGUCACGGUGAUAAACAGGCCUGAAAAGAGACUGACUAUUCCACCACGGUUUCAGAAGGAACUGCAGGUUCACCUAUCCAGAAGCUCUUCUGUGGAUCUAAAUGAUAACUUGAAUACAUCUGUUCCGGAGACACAUAGUGUUCCUUCUGGUUCUUCUGCUCCUCACUUCAGUGAAGUUCAAAGUCAUAUUAAGGAGAUUCUGAGCAGGUACAGCAAUGGUAUCUGGCUGUCAAAAAUGCCACAGGUUUACCAGCAAAUGUACCAGGAGGAACUUAGCACAGCGGUGCUCCGUCAGCUUGAAUAUUGGCCUCAUGUGUGCACAGUGGAAAAAGUAUGCACAGGUGAUCAUAUGGAUGGACUCCUUUAUCCUGCUAAGAGGAUACCACCAUUAGCAAAGAGUGGUAUAGAGCAAGGAAAAGCAUCUCAAAAUGUUACUUCUUCAAAAGUGGACCCUUUGUUAAAACCAAGCAUGGAAACCACAUCUGGUUCACUUAGCAGUGACUUCAAGCAGAAAGUUGUCAACAUCUUGCUGAAGUAUUCCAGUGGUCUUUGGGCUAAUGCACUUCCCAAGCUGUAUCAAGACACCUACCAACUAAAAUUUCCAGAGGGUGUUCUGAAUAAUCUAGAGUUGCUCUCAGAUGUAUGCACAGUGGACCACAUAUCUGACAACCCCAAAAAGGCCAUCCUCUAUGCUAAACCCCAAGGACACAUUGAUGAGAAUCUGAAUGUCAGUGAGAAAGUCCAGAUGCGUGAUGCUGUAAAGGCCACAGCUGAGCAGCAGUAUGAGGAAUCCAAAGAGCAGUAUCCAGAGAGCAUGACUGUCCCUCCUCUAAUCAUUCCAGUAGAAGGAUCCCUGUCUGUCUUGGUAGUAGAACUGAACAACACUAAUGAGGUCAUAAUUAGGUAUGUGGGUAAAGAUUAUUCUUCUGCCCAGGAACGAAUGGAAGAUGAGAUGAAAGAAUACUAUAGUCAGAAUCCUUCAGUGUCACUGGUUCAGUCUGUAAGUGUUGGGCAACUUGUUGCUGUACAUGUUGAGGAAGAUGCCUGGUUGCGUGCUCAGAUAACUUCUGUGGAAGACAACAGAAUAAAGGUGUGCUAUGUUGAUUAUGGCUUCAGUGAGGUUAUUGAAAAGAACUGUGUGUACAAGCUAGGCAAACAGUUCUAUUCACUUCCAUUUCAGGCUGCAAAAUGUAAACUGGCAGGGCUGGAAUUCUUCUGUGAUGAUCCUGUUUUAGUAAAGACUGUGGAAUCGCAAACUUGCAGCAAGAUAUUUGCUGUGGAAAUAUUGGAAAAGAGUGAUAUUCCUCUUCUUGUUCUCUAUGAUACGUCUGGAGAAGAUGAUAUCAACAUCAAUGCUACCUGUCGGAAGGCAUUGUAUGACAAGUCCCUUGAACUGCACCUACAGGCAGAUGCGAUAUAUAAAAAUGUCAGAGUAACCAGCGUUUCUUCUGAUGGAAGCCUGUAUUGCCAGGUACCAUCUAAAGGCUUGUCCAGGCUCUCUGAAAUGUUGCAGAAGCUAGAAGACUACUUCCAUUACAAGACAUCUGAGUUUAAUGUAUCAUUACCUUUUUGUGGCAAAAUCUGCUUGUUUCCGUAUAAAGGAAAAUGGGCACGUGUGGAGAUAACAAUUGUUCACAGUAGUAGAGCACUUGAUGUGCAGUUCAUGGAUACUGGAACAGUUGCAUCUGUAAAAGUAUCAGAGCUUAGAGAGAUCCCAUCACAAUUCUUGAGAGAAGUAAUUGCAAUACCUCCUCAGGCUAUAAAAUGUUGCCUAGCGGAUCUGCCUCUCAACACUGGCAUGUGGACUCCAGAUGCUGUACUGUGGCUGAGAGAUACUGUAUUGAAUUGUCCUGACUUUAGCAUGAAGGUGGCUAAACUGGAUGGCUCAAAGGGAACUGCGCACAUUUACUUGUUUACUCCAGAGAAUUUCCCAGAUGUGGAUCGUAGCAUCAAUCGCCAGAUCAUAAAUGCAGACUUGUGGAAACAUCAGAAAGAUGUUUUCUUGAGUGUUACACCUGGUGGAAUUAGCUCCACAAAGGUGACAAGUGAAACUGUUUCAGCUCCGGAGUUAGGUGGUGCAGGUCCUGAGAAGAGUUUCCCUGAUUCGGUCAAGCCUGCUUUAGAACGCAGUGGUGCAGUGCCUACCCCUGAUAUGCCUCCACCUCUACCAUUGUCAAAGCUUGGUGAGCCCAUGGAUGUCUACAUCUCGGUUGCCUGCCAUCCGGGUCACUUUGUUGUCCAGCCUUGGCAAGAGCUACAUAAUCUGGAAGUCCUUAUGGAAGAAAUGAUGCUGUACUACAGCAUGGCAGAAGAAAGGCCUGCGAACAUUGAAAAAAACAAGCUGUAUGCAGCUAAAGUUGAAAACAAGUGGUACAGGGUGAUAAUAAAAGGAAUUCUUACAAAUGGGUUGUUGUCAGUUUAUGAGCUGGACUAUGGUAAACAUGAGCUUGUCAGCAUGAAGAAAGUACAGCCACUCAUGGAUGCAUUUAGAAAACUACCUUUCCAAGCUAUAAUAGCUCAGCUUGCAGGAGUGAAAAGCCAGCAGUGGUCGGAAGAGGCAUCAGUAGUGUUUCGGAAUCGUGUAGAGAAGAAACCCUUGGUGGCACUGAUACAGGCAGUUAAUGAAAGCACUAAUUCUUGGGAUCGAAAAAUAGUGACUUAUUUAGUGGACACAUCUCUUCCAGAUACUGAUAUAUGGAUUCAUGACUUUGUGUCUCAAGAUCUUGUGGAGUUUUCAAAGGUUAAUUAAUCAUAACUUCUGAAAUGUAGCAACUCAGAUUCUUUAGCAAUAAAAGAAGUAACAAGCUUUUGAAGAGAAAUUUAACUGUUCUUACAUGGCCUUGAAGAUAUGAAGGUGAUAAAUUUGAAAAAUCUGCUUGUGUUCUGUGAAGCAUUUUAUUUAACAUGUUUGGGUUCUAUUGACUUAAAGUUGACUUUCUGAAAACUUGCACUUUGUUUACCACUGUAAUACUAGAAUAUUUGGGUGAAAAUAUUAAAGAAGUUAUUUAUCAGUAAAA